CCCGCCUUCAGCUAUCUAGGCUUAGUCACAGUAGUUAUCGACACGCUUCAUCUAUAUAAAUUUCAAGUUAAAUCCUAAUAUUUAUUGCGACAUUGCGUUGCUUUGGCUAGGUGUUCUUGAAAGAGCCUGGGAAUUACGUCAAGUUUUAGGACUGAUGACCACUCCGGAUCUCCGCAUCUUUUGGGUAUUGCCUCACACCGGAGACAAGCCAAAUGGGCGACUCGAGCUCUGCCCCGGACAGCGAACCGCUACAUCCCAACUCUCCGAAGAAGCUGCUCCCUGAAGUUACCAAGAUCGUAGAAAAUGGAGACUUGGUUCUAGAUGUGAUUUUCGAAAAUUCUAAAGACACGAUCCGGUCUACACGAGUUGCCCAAUCGAAAUUAUCACUUCGAGAACCGCAGCUCGCGCCCAAGAGGAAAGCCCGAUUAGCUUUUCGUGUCAGCCUCAAGGUACUCAAAAGUCAGUCGAAGUACUUUGAAAGGCUUCUUGCCGACAGCCGCUUCAAGGAGGCCAAGGACAUAUCGAGUGCUUUUGCUUCUCUUAAGUUGAGAAACAUAAAGCCCGAAACUGCCGAAGUCAAGGAGCUCCCCUGGAUCGAAAUCCGCGACGAUGAUCAAGCUACACAAUAUGCACAUCGUGAGGGCGCGUUCUCUGACCUUCUACGGAUACUCCAUGGAAAGGAAGUAGCCACAAAACAGAUCACGAUGUCGUUUGUGACUACGCUGGCUGUCCUUGCCGACCGCUUCGACUGUGCACCUGUAGUGUCAAAGUGUCUCGUUGGUGGCCUAAAGUUCAAAUGGCCUGUGACCAAUCGCAAGCCUCUGAAAGAUGAGGUUUCUGUCAUGAGUCGUAAUAACGAAGACAUCCUACGCCAGAAGAUCCUUGUAUCAUGGCUAUUGGGUCAACCUACUAGACUUCAAGCAGCUACAAAGGAAAUCAUUAUGAAUGGUUCUUGUCGGUGGAGCCCGUUCGCCGAAGAUGAUGAGGCAUCGGAUGCUACGUGGUGGUACUUACAGGAUGGCCUCGAGCAGGAGCUACAGUAUCGGCGACAGUGUAUCUUGAAUACGAUUGCUUCGGUCCAGAGGCAUUUUAUCAAGUUAUAUACGUCACGUACGCGCCAGUGCAAACUGGGCUACGAUUCAAGUGCUGCUUGUGACUCAUAUCAACUGGGCGAAAUAUUCAAAUUUCUGACGAAUAAGAAUCUCAUGUUCCUCGUCGACUUCUCGCCCGCGUCUCUCGACUCUAUCGCAGAUACUUCGCUACUGCAGAUAGAGACCGUCAUCUCUACCCUAAGGCAAUGUCCGAGUUAUCAGAUUGACAAAAACCACACCAAUUGCGGGCUUCGGACAAGGAUUUUGUCUAUAUUGGACUUCAUACAUGGCCUGCUAUCAGCUAAUUCCAUCCCAAUCAAUAGAACCCUUUGGAAGGCCAACCGUCAGUCGGUCGCCUGGUUACCUUCUGAGGGCGAGAGCAAGACACCGGCUGAAUCAAAGCCGUUCCACUUUACACGGUCACUGGCAGGGGAUCAACGCCUCCGCUUCGAGAAUGCAUUAGGUGCGGAGAAGUUUGCCAAGGACGUGUUCACCGCGUCAAGUUGGGAUUGGACAGCAGAAGAUCAAGCACAAGACAACAUUCCGUCCACGACUCCAAAAUGGAGUUUGAGGUAAGCGGAAGACUUCGUCAUUUAUAGAUGCAGGAACAUCAAAGCACGAUAUAGGAUUAGGUAAGGCCGAGAGGGUUUAUCCUAUUUCAUCAUUCUAGGAAGAUCAGCCACAGAUCUAUCAUCCCAUCAAUCGCCAUCCAUAAAGCACUUAGAUUGACGGCUAUAUGUAAAUACAUAUAUGGAUAUACAUAAGAUAUAUCAGAAUCCCCAGGAACCAGUUUAUGCGUGAAGUCUA